AUGUCUCAACCAUGCGCAAUCCAAUCGUGUCGACGAAUAUCGCGAACUUUAUGUUAUGGAUGUAAUCAAAACUUUUGUCGUGAACAUAUGCGUGAACAUGAUUCAUCGUUGAAUUCGCAAUUGAAUCCUCUAUCGGAUGAGAUCAAUGCGCUUGGUGAUCGGUUGAAAUCGCUCAAUCUGAAGAAUUCGAGCAGCGAUUCACGUCAGAAAUUGGAGAAGUGGCGCGGCGAUUGUCACAAAACAAUUGAUCAUUUCUUUGAUCAGAAAUGCCGCGAACUCGAACGAUACGUGGCAAAGAAAACCGAGAAGCAACGGCAAGAAAUCAGUCAAAUGCGUACGAAAUUAUCGGAAUUAAUUCAAGAACAAGAAGCAACACAUCGAGACAUCGAUGCUUUAAAAUCUACCGUACGCGAUCUUGAACAAGAGAUGAGUAAAAUUGAGCAAACGUCAGUUCGUGUAGAAACCAAAUCCUUGGUUCUCGACGAUAGUUUAAUCCAAAUAGAAGAUUCAGAUAGUAAUCGUUUCGAUUUAUCAUCAUUGACAACGCCAGCGAAAUCAAUUAACUAUCCGCGCGAAAAUUGGGCACCGUUAGCAUGUAAUGAACGUUACCUAUUAAUUCAUCAAGAACCGAAUCUUUGUCUCGUCGAUCGAGAAUUAAACAUCGUCAAACACAACUCGUGGAUCUAUGGAACCAUAUAUGAUAUGUGCUGGUCAGUGGCAUUGAAUCGUUUCAUUGUUAUUAACGGUAGUGAUGUUUUUCUUGUCGACGAAGACACGAUGGCCAUUGAAAACAUUCAAACGCUACAGAAAAGUAAAUGGCUGUCGUGCACAACAUCUGAAACAUCUCUAUUCUUAUCGACAAAAGUUUGGGGGUCGUCGAUAAUGGAAUUCAGCUUAUCGCCCACAAUUGAACUGAUCAAACAAUGGCAAUCACCAGAUACUUGUACACGUGAUGAAGUCAUUAACGGAAUUGUUUAUAGUAAUGGAAGAAUAUGUAUGAUGAUUAAAAAUCCCUCGGAGAAAACGAUUCACAUCGAAAUGAGAUCAGCAGCGACAUUAGAUCGACUUUGGUCCGUUCGAUUAAAUAUUCCUUAUAGUCAAAAUAUCCGUACGCGUUGUUGUCUAAUCACUCACAAUGAAUGGCUAGUGGUGGAUCGAAAUACUUCCCGAAUCUUUCACAUCACUAAAGAUGGUAAAAUCAAAUCAUCUACCGCAUACAAUCCACCUCCGUUCUGCGCAACAAUCUUCGAUCAGAAUAUGCUAGCCAUAUCAACUGCACGAGGUGUGAACUUACAUAAACUCUAG